AUGCGCGAAAGCUACAACAUUUUGGCUGAUCUUGUCGCCAUUGAAACCUACAAUACCUCCACCUUCAUCUUCGAGUUCUAUGGCCGCAAAGGUGUCCGCGACUUCCCUGAUGGCUUGAACGUUGUUCCACCGGAGGAGCGGAACAAGUACAACAUGUUGGCUGCCUUCUUAUUCUGGUCCGGUGAUAAUGGGUCUGAGCUCGCCGUUGCCCGCGAGUUCGGAGAGAGGCUUCAAGUUGCCAGCUGCAACGGUGAGAUUGCUCACUCUUAUGUCAAUUACGCCAUGGGCGGCGAGGAGCUUCCGCAGGUGUACGGCCGUAACGUUAACCGCCCGGAGAAGCUCCAGGCCAUCAAGACCAGGUUUGAUCCUUACAAAAAGCUUGGAUUCUAUGCUUCCCUCGCAGGCGCUUGA